UGUUAAUGGUGCGUUGCAAGUAACGAGAGGGGGAGACAGAACUCUGAUAGAGACGGCCAUUCGUAUUGAAGCUUCUCGGGGACUAUCAACAGAGAGUACAGCCGACGCAAGAGGAAAAUUGGGGCAUGAGAGCCACCAGAAUCCGUUCCCAUCCUUCGCUGCCCGGGGCCCAGUCUGACUGACAACCUUCGGAUCAGCACCGCCACCGAACCACCUCUCGGAUAAACCUAAAAUCUGAACUUUCAACGCCAUGGAGCUGAGAGUGGGGAACAAGUACCGGCUGGGGCGGAAAAUAGGGAGUGGGUCCUUUGGAGACAUUUACCUUGGUGCCAACAUUGCCACAGGCGAGGAGGUGGCCAUUAAGCUGGAAUGUGUGAAGACCAAACACCCACAGCUGCAUAUCGAGAGCAAGUUCUACAAGAUGAUGCAGGGAGGAGUGGGGAUUCCCUCGAUAAAGUGGUGCGGGGCAGAGGGAGACUACAACGUCAUGGUGAUGGAGCUCCUGGGCCCCAGUCUGGAAGACCUCUUCAACUUCUGUUCCCGCAAGUUCAGCCUCAAAACAGUGCUACUGCUGGCAGACCAGAUGAUCAGUCGCAUCGAGUACAUCCACUCCAAGAACUUCAUCCAUCGUGACGUCAAGCCCGACAACUUCCUCAUGGGGCUGGGGAAGAAGGGCAACCUGGUGUACAUCAUCGACUUUGGCUUGGCCAAGAAGUACAGAGACGCACGCACACACCAGCACAUCCCCUACAGGGAGAACAAGAACCUGACGGGCACUGCACGCUACGCAUCCAUCAACACCCACCUGGGCAUCGAGCAGUCACGGCGUGACGACCUGGAGUCUCUGGGAUAUGUCCUCAUGUACUUCAACCUGGGCUCUCUGCCCUGGCAAGGCCUCAAAGCCGCCACAAAGAGGCAGAAGUACGAACGCAUCAGCGAGAAAAAAAUGUCCACCCCCAUCGAGGUGCUCUGCAAAGGCUACCCCUCCGAGUUCUCCACCUACCUGAAUUUCUGCCGGUCGCUGCGCUUUGACGACAAGCCAGACUACUCAUACCUUCGGCAGCUCUUCAGGAAUCUGUUCCACAGACAAGGCUUCUCCUAUGACUACGUAUUCGACUGGAACAUGCUCAAAUUUGGUGCCAGUAGGACAGCAGAGGAUGGUGAGAGGAGGGGAGCCGACGAGAGGGACGAACGUAUCGUAGGAGGCCCUCGGGGAUCUGCUGCACGGGGUCUCCCGCCAGGGCCAAACCCACCAGCCGCCAACAGAGUUAGGAACGGACCAGAGCAGGCCAUCUCCAACCCCGCCUCACGGGUGCAGCAGUCUGGGAACACGUCGCCGCGGGCAAUCUCUCGCGCUGAGCGUGAGAGGAAGGUGAGCAUGCGGCUCCACCGAGGAGCCCCCGCAAACGUGUCAUCCUCUGACCUCACAGCCCGUCAUGACCAAUCCCGAAUUUCCACAUCGCAGGUCAGCAUGCCAUUUGAGCACCUGGGGAAGUGAAACCUUCAGCUCCACAUGCACUGGAUACUGAUAGGGCUUCAAGAGAUAUCCUUCGUUCCAGUUUUUUAUUUAUUUAGUGAAUUUUGGCCAAUUGGACAAAUAAGUGGAUCUUGGAGGAACGGACAGAGAAUCAUAAAACAAUGAAAAAAAGGAUUACAGUUGUUCAAGGACUGCAGGAAUCUCUCCCCUCCACCCUAACUUUGAUGGGAUGACCCUGGCCUACAAUAGUACAAGGAUAAGAGAAUGAAUAGCAUACCCUCCUCUCCACUGACCUAUUUACCCCAUGGUAGCUUGGAUCAUGCACCCCUCGCCACAAACACCUUUGUCCCUCACCCACUAUGCUCUGGGCAGCUGGCAGAGGUAGAAUACUGAUUUGGGGGUCAAGCAGGUGCUCCUUUGCCAAAUAUAGCCCCGGGCACAAACGCGUUCCAAACCAAGAGAAGGUCAACUCGAAAUGUGGGCUUGUGUGGAUUUAGCGAUUUCUGUUUACACUGCGAAGACCACACCACACAAAUGUACCCAUGUAUGUUUUAACCAGUUCAUUUAUAGAAUAGUAAGGGGCUGUACUCAUAGGUAUGAUCUACUGUGCAUAUUUUGUGAAUAGAUCAUAUUCAUUUUGUGUGGGUCCUGUUGAGGCUUGGGCGAUUUUAGUUUCUUAUUUGAUGUUUUAAUUGGGAAAGGUACAGAUGAAGAGAAGGGUUGGAGAGAUGGGUGAGUGGUAGAUGAUGAAGGGAAGAGCAAGUGAUUAUUAGCUGUAAUGGUGUAGAAAUAGUGUUGGGUUCUUUUCCCCUACUUCACCUCUUACUGAAUUGCUAAUCCUCCACUUUAGCCUUGCAUUUAGGCUACUUCAGCCCGCUUUGGAACUGAUGUUACCCAAAGCCAACACCUCACGCAGAGAUUGAGGUGAACAUGCAUUUUUCUACCCUUCUCCCGCUCUCAUUUAUUCACCACCACAUCCACACUUUUUUUUUAUCCUCCCUUUUCGCCCACUUUGGCCUCCAUUGAUUUGUGUUCUUUGGUCAUAAUAUUGGGUAGGUUGGUAAGGUCAAAGUAACCAGGCUUAUUUUAAGAGACGGUGCAACACUCUUAAGACAUGGGAGAAUCACAAGCUUGCUUAAUGUAUUUGACCAGAGACUGAGAUUAACAAGUUGGCCAAUGAUGGUGGUUUUCAUGAUUGUUCUUAAUGGCAACUUUUUUUAAUUUUUUUAUGCUUUUCUUUUUGGAGGUCUGAUGGGACGAGCUCUAAUUGAUUGAAUGGUGGAAUGGAUUUUUUUUUAACGUCACUGUAGAUAUUUUUUAAUUUCUGUGUAAAGCCAAAAUGUGGUUGGUUGUUUUUGAGGUGUAAUGUAGAAGAAUACAUGCAAAAUGCAUAAAUUGCGGCUGGGGAUCAGAAUUUUAGAAAAUAUUAAGUGCUAAAUUGGGAGGGAUUUUAGCCAUUUUUACAUCGCCAACUGGGUCAUAUAACUAGGCUUUGUGUGUCAACAGAAUUGUAGGUCUGGUGCAUGGACUCUCAGAAUUUCAUAGGUCCCCUGUUAAGAUCACAGGGCUGCUCGGGACAAACUGCAGGCUAUACAUUUAUCAUGCCUCAUUAUUUGAGAUUGUCUGUCUCUCACUGUUAUUUAUUUUUCUUAAACUCCAUUUUGUUUCUCUUGUGUAUGAGGAAACUCUUAAAGUGCAAUACUUUGUUUUUCCUCUUUUUGUCCAGUGUAUCUUAUUCCCAGCAGUUUGUUCAUAGCCUGUUGAGACUUUGUCACUACACUGUCUCCCCAUCACUCCACUCCAAGCCUUUCCUGGAGAAGCUGUCCAUGUUCUCCACCAAGGACCUGAUAUAGGGAUGACUACUUUUCCUUUUUAAAACAAAAGCACACUUGAAAAAGGGGAUGCUGACAGUGGGUUGAUGUCAUCGGCGCCUUCUAUUGCAAAAUAGAGGUCCCUGGAUGUCAUUUACCAGCACCCUUGAUGUCAUUGAUGAUAACUGGGACUCGGAUGCAGUCACAGUGAUGUCACAGAUUCUGGUAAUGACCUGUGUUUGUGAUGUGUCCCUUUGACAGGCCAGUGUGACCCAGUGGCAAUGUAACUCAAUGGGGAGGGGAGGGCUAUUGCUGGUCAGGUUAUGGGGAGUAUACACUUAUGUAUUGUGUACUGAUAUCUUGUACAGUUCUUUAACACACUUUAACUUUAUUUACAACAGUAUUUGUGUAUAUUUUAUGACGUAAUAAAAUACAAAUUUUAAAAAAAUGUU